GGGACUGUCUGUGUUACCCAAGUGAGUGCCCCCUGCCCAUAGGUUUCAGUCUCUUCACACAACUUGAUGUAAAAUAGGCGAACAAAAUUAGUUGCCUCUAUAUUUUGUUACACAUACUCCUGGAGCGCCCAAAGUUUUAGUAAUCUGUGAUGCUUUGCACAAAAGUUGUGGUCUUUCUAGAAUAUGUUCUGAGUGACCUGGAUUUUUUGACUCUAAGUCAUUCACAAUUUUCUAGGUGUGAAUUACUGAAUGAUGAUGAAUAAUGAAUUUUUAUGCUCAAUAAUACAUCGUUUACUUUUCCACUAAUUUAUCAUCAAAAUGAAUGAAUGGUGUGAAAGUUGUGUUAGAUAAAUAUUUUUUUACGUAUAAGAAUGUACGGUUUUGCAUUUCUUUAUAUUGAGGAAAGCUAUUUGGAAGUGCCAACUCAUACAUAUAACAUUAUAGGUUUUGAAAUAUCUUUACUAUGAGUUGAUAGGAUUGUCUUGCGACAUUAUUGAAUGCUCAAAAUGGAACAUUGAGACUAAUAUAUAAAGCACAUUCUAUAGAAAUGCUUAUGUUGAUAUUUACCAAAAUAUUUAGUUGAUAUGUUGGGAUAUGUAUACAUUAUGUGAGAAUACGGACUACAGAAUUAAAUGACAGAUGCCUAAAAAUAUGUUCAAAUUGCACAGUUGUGUAAUGAGUGAGAAACAGUUACUUGGAGAGAAAGUAGAAAUUGAUGUCUGGAAAUUGGAAACAAGUUUUCAUAGGGAGAAUUCUGUUUAUGUCCAUCAUGGUUGUAUCUUCUCUGUCUACCCCAGUAGUAACAUCUCCAAGAUUUCAAUACUUAUUUGGAUAUGGCAAAUCUUUUUAAAAUAUCAAUGUUUUGAUCCAUGAGAAUCCCAUAUUUCAUUAUUUGUUUCGAUCAUUGAAGUAUAAUGAAUGAUUUUUUGUUUUGUUUACAAGAGCCAGAUAUUACAUUACAUGAAAAUCAUAAUGUCUCAUUUACCAAUACCACCAAAGGGUUGCUUCUAUGAUUUGAAUGUGCCUUAUGAUGAAAAUCAAAAACAUAUGGAUUCUGUUUUGACUACAUUUAAAGAGCUGGGUUAUUCAGUUUUAGCAUUUUCAAAAUAUAUUCCAUCAGGAUCUUUGAAACGAGGUGGAAAAAAGAAAAGAUUGCAACUUCCUACCCCACCAGACAAAGUAAAUUUUGAUGGAAUAACGCAGUUAUCGAGAAUCACGAUUGAACUGAGCGAAGUAGACGACCAGAUUACUGUUCGAGAUGUCAUAACUCAUGGGGGAUUCGAUAUCAUUGCGGUAGAACCAAAGACUGAAAAAUUAUUUCUUUCUGCAUGUACCCAACUUAAUAUUGAUAUUAUAACAUUUGAUGGUGCAGAAAAACUUUCAUUCUUUCUAAGGACACACCAAGUUCGUGCAGCAAUCGCACGCGGCAUUCAUUUUGAGUUUAACUACUCACCAAUGGUUCGUGACCCAACAAUGCGAAAGCUAACAACCACAUGUGCUCUGAGAUUGGUUGAAUGCUGCAAGUCAAAAAAUAUAAUAAUGUCGAGUAAAUCUUUGCAUCCACUGGAAUUAAGGGGACCAUAUGACGUAGCAAAUCUCGGAAUUUUGUUUACAAUGAAAGAGAGCAUGGUGCCACAUCUGGUGUCUCAUAACUGUCGAUGUGUCGUGGUUCACAGUUUUGCAAGGAAAACUGCCAAAGGUGCAGUUUUUAUACAAAAAAUUGAAAGUAGUGAUUCUAAUAUGCUCAAAAGGCAAGCAGAAAUUUGUGAUGAUGAAGCAAAGAAGGCUAAACUGGAAUUAUAAUACUGAAAAAUAUAUUUAAUUUAAAUUUACAGUAUCUGUUUUGGGGUAUUAUAAAGCUCCCUGUGUCACAGGUCAGACCUAGUCAAGUCGCAGUCUUAUUCACUAGCAAGUACUGU